AUGACUUCGGCUACUCAACAAACGCGUUUUCCAGUUCUAUCGGACUCUAAUCAAGACCAAGCGCUGACAAAAAACGCAAGCAAAGUCGGUCCGAUCAUUCAACAACCACUUCAACCACGAGAUAAUUUUCCCGAGGGUCUUCGUGGUGGCGGCCCCUGCUUCGAUUGUUUGGUUUGUCUAUGUUGUUGCUGUGCCCUCGAGGAAAUCGCAUGCUUGGAAUGUUGCAAGGACUGUUGA